CUCUUGUCUCCCUCCCCGCAAGCAGCCAACCGCAUCUCUUCGCCUUGGUGAUCUGAUCUGGUGACACUGCCAAGUACCACGAAAGUGAAGUAGCUGGUGCUUCCACUUCUCUCGUCUGCAAGGUUGCACGAUUCCCCAUUUACCGGCUGUGACGCCCUCGCACCGCCGCUAGUCCCUGGAGAUCAGCCCGGUUUGUGCCGAGGCGCCGGGCUGUCGUCUUGUGUGUUGUGCGUACAGUUGCUGCAUCCAUCCAUCCAUGGUCAAGUCGUCGUCGUCGACGACAACGACCAUCCCCGCCAGCCUCGUUGUUUGCGCGCAGCCGCUUGUUGCUGCAACCACCAUCCGACAUGCAGCAGCAGGCAUCGCCCUCACCACCACCAACACGGCUGCGCCGCCAUGCGGCUCGUGGAACGCGCCCCGGGAGCACCACCACUACCAAGAAGCCUUUCCCACUGCAGCUCCAGUCGCUUCCGCCGGUCCUGCGGCCCCUGGUUCGCGCCUACAUCCUGGGCUUCGCAUCGUCGGUGCUGCCACGACUCCUGACCGUCAUCCUCCAGCACCUCUCCCGUGCGAGGGCCAAGAAUGAAAACUGCCUCCCCGCCGAAAAGGACCACCGAAGCUUUGUCGACUCGGUCCUUCACGUCCUUCGCAUCGGCCUGGAACCGCAGCGCUUCCCCACGUUCUGCGCCGUCCUGGUCGGCGGCGCUACCGUCUUACAGGAGCCCCUGAAGAGAAUCGUCGCUCGAUGCGCUGCAGGUCUUGGCGAGACCGCCCGUUUAAGAACUGCGAGAUGGCUUGCUUCGUUCUUCGCCGCGUGGCUCAGCCUCAAGCUUCUUCAGUCGAAGCAGCAGGCGCCUCGGAAGAACUCGUCGGCGCCUUUCCGGCCGCCCAAGCCGACUGAUGAUGAUGCCGUCGCCCCUCAUCAGGGGAAACUUGCCGGUCGGACGCUCGACCUGACGCUCUUUGCCGCGACCCAGGCCGUCGACGUCAUCGUCGGCGAGCUGUGGUCCCGGCACAGGGCCCGGCGCACCGCUGCCCGAACAUGGACAAAGGCGGAGCAGUUCCUCUCCCAGAUGAUUGACCCCCUCUCCUUUGUCGCCUCGUGCGGGCUCAUCAUGUGGGCGUGGUUCUACGCCCCGGACAGCCUGCCGCGGGGAUACAACAAAUGGAUCACGUCGGCCGCCCACGUCGACCUGCGGCUCAUCGAGGCUCUCCGCCGCUUCAAGACCAAGGAACUUCGGUACCGCGAGGAGACGGGGCAGACCUCCCUCCUUGGGUCCAUGUGCGAACACUACGGGCUCCCGUACGAAUGGGGCGAUCCCACCAAGUUCGUGCCCUUCCCCUGCGACAUCGUGCACAUGGGCAGAGGCCCCUCGUGCGAGUACCACGCCUGGCGCCGCUUCUGGCUGUCGUGGAGGUGGUCCAUGUACACGUACCUGCCCCUGGCGCUGGCCCUCCAGCUGCGCAAGCCUACGCGCAGCAGCCCCUGGCUGGCGCUCAAGUCGGCCUGCCGCUCCUCGGCCUUCCUCGCCACCUACAUCACCCUCUUCUACUACGGCGUCUGCCUCGGCCGCACGCGCGUCGGCCCGCGCCUCGUCGGCACCGACACCGCCUGCCGCAACCGCAUCGACGGCGGCAUCUGCGUCGGCGUCGGCUGCUUCCUCUGCGGCUGGAGCGUCCUCAUCGAGACGGCCAGCCGCCGCAAGGACAUGGCCCUCUUCGUCGCCCCGCGCGCCAUGGCCACCCUCCUACCCCGUCGCUACCCCCUCGAACGCCAGUGGCGCGAGACGCUCGCCUUUGCCGUCAGCACCGCCGUCGUCUUCACCUGCGCCGCCGAGAACCCCAAGCGCGUCAGGGGCAUGAUGGGCGGUAUCCUCGGCCUGACGUUGGGACAGUGACGGGGCGCCAUUCCAGACGACUGUCGUUGCGGCAUCACGUUGAACCCUCCGCAGGGCCUCGUUGUACUAUACAUACACUACACAGUGAAGAGACUUUUUUGCGGUCAGCGAUCAGCUAAGGCGGCGCGGGGCGGGAGUCUCGAUUAGAACCGGAGACGCGUGGUGUGUGGCAGCUCACGCUCCUGCAUCCCGUUCACCUAAUGCAUAAUAAUACAACAUAAAUCAACAGUAGACAUGACUACGACUAAUAACACUGAAAUGUGCCAUCCCUCAAGUCUGCCAGCCAGUCUGCCGCAGUGUGUGAAAU